AUGGAGCCCCUCUCCCCACCAGAACCAGGGUUUCCUGCAGAAAAGAGCUCACCUGUGCCGCAGAAAAAAUACCGUGUCCUGGUGGGUGUGACUGGAAGUGUUGCUGCCUUGAAGCUGCCUCUCCUCAUCACUGAGCUGCUGAAAAUCCCAGGGCUUGAAGUGAAGGUGGUCACCACUGAGAGAGCAAAGCAUUUCUACAAUGCCCAGGAGAUUCCUGUCAUCCUCUACAGUGAUGAAGAUGAGUGGCAGCUGUGGAAAGGUCGCUCGGACCCAGUCCUGCACAUCGAGCUCAGACGGUGGGCUGACCUGAUGGUGGUGGCACCUCUUGAUGCAAACACACUGGCAAAGCUCGCAAACGGCAUCUGUGACAACCUGCUGACUUGUGUCAUCCGUGCUUGGGAUCUGAGCAAACCUCUGCUCUUCUGCCCAGCUAUGAACACAGCCAUGUGGGAACAUCCCAUCACAGCUCGGCAGGUGGAGCAGCUGAAGGCCUUUGGCUACACAGAGAUCCCCUGUGUGGUGAAGAAACUGGUGUGUGGAGAUGAAG